AUGGAGAAGAUUCGAGGAGAGAUUCGAUUUUACAAGCGAUACGUGAAAUGGAUGCUCAAGCGAAAGCUACAAGAUUUGACUGUUUGUUGCACAUACAAGACGAAUCUUCUUCACAAUAAAGUUCAUGGGUCAAAGGAAUUCCGAAAACAGUAUCGACUCAUCGAAGAAAUGGGUCGUGGUGGUUUCGGUGUGGUGUAUCAAGGAGAACGCAUCAGUGACAAUCUCCCAGUGGCUAUCAAAUUUAUUCGUCACAAGAAUGUUCGCGAAUGGACAAUGACAAACAAUCAACUGUUACCGUCGGAGCUUGUACAUUUGGAGACAUGUCGAGAUGUUCGCGGAGUGAUCGGACUUAUUGAUUGGUUUGCAAACUCAAAAGGAUUUCUGAUUGUGAUGGAGAGGCCGGCUGAGUGCAUGGAUCUUUUCGAUCUUGUCACCACUCACGGACGACUCGAUGAAACUACUGCUCAGGGAAUCUUUUUACAGAUUGUCGAUACCGUAUGCUCAAUGUAUGCUCAACAUGGAAUCGUGCACAGAGAUAUAAAGGAUGAGAAUCUGAUUGUUGAUAUGAAGACAGGGAUCGUAAAAUUGGUCGAUUUUGGAGCAGCAGCACAUGCUGAUCGAGCGAUCAAGAAAGAAUUUCAAGGAACAAGAUCCUAUUGUCCACCAGAAUGGUUUCGUCGAUUGGAAUAUCUUCCAUUAGAAGCCACCUCUUGGUCACUCGGCGUUUUGUUGUACAUUUUGCUCACCGGAAAUCUCCCAUUUCGAAAUGAGAUUCAAAUUUGUUUGGGUCGAAUCAACUAUCCAUCGUAUUUAUCGAAAGAAGUGAUUUCCUUGUUAAGACGUUGUCUUUCAACGUUUCCCGGGAAUCGAGCAUCGCUUGUCGAAAUUCGCCAGCAUUCAUGGCUCCAAAAAACGAUUCCCACGCACGUUUGCACAUUCAAAGAGGCACUCGACCAGAAGCUUUGCCCAAGAAAUGUCGAUCGCUCUCCAAGAAGAAGAAACGAAGACUCAAGACAAGCAAGUGAGGAAAUGCUUUUGGAAAAGAUGAUGCUUUCUGAAAGACAACCAAGAAGACUUUCACGACUCUCUCGUGCGAGCACAAGAACUGCAAAUGAUGAAUCUCCCACUCGAUCACUUCCAAGAGAUGGAAGCAGUCUUCAUUCAAUGCACACUUGUCUUGAAAGUGUCUCUACGGGAUUGCCGAGAAUGCAUUCAAGAUAUGACAAUGUUUCUGCUUCAUCGCUUGCUGAUUAUAUUAGCAUUACUUCUGCGGAUACUAGAGCCGAUACACUAAGCAUGGCGACUGCUUGUCCCUAUUUCUCGGCAAGCGAUUUCCCUGAAGAUACCGAUGAUGACGGUUCGGUGAUCUCGGAUUUCUGUAAGCCGACGAAAAGCGGAUCGACGCACAGUUUGACAAGAUUGCGAAGAAGAUCACUUAUUGCUAGAUCUUUUGAUCGUGAAUUGGGUACAUUGCAUGAAGCUGAAACGGCUUUUCACGAUCCGAUGACCUCUUCACAGAUCUCUACCACUUCAACGCUCGUCGAGGAAACCAAAAAGGAGCCUCACCAGUCUCCCUCACCCUCACCAGUCUCCAGUCUUCGUCCUCUGCUCAGCCGACCAACAAUGAUCUCUCGAAUCCCACUCUUAAACAACCAAACAACUCGUAUUUCAGCUAAC